AUGGCAUCAUCGGAGCAAUUAAUGGGAGUGGGAAGUGUUGGAGGUGGUGGUCCCCGAUACGUACAAAUGCAAUCAGAGCCAUCAACGCCGUUACAAGCACAAUCAUCAUCCAUCAUGUCGUCCUUCUUCUCUUUCCGUCAAGGUUCGACACCGGAAUCCGGUUGGAUUUUCGAUGAAUUACCGAAAGCCACUAUCGUCUCCGUCUCUAGACCUGACCCCAGCGAUAUUAGUCCUGUUCAAUUAUCUUACACUAUAGAAGUUCAAUACAAACAGUUCAAGUGGACAUUAUUGAAGAAAGCGGCGCAAGUGUUUUAUUUACAUUUUGCAUUGAAGAAACGUUUAUUUUUUGAGGAAAUUCACGAGAAGCAAGAGCAGGUUAAAGAAUGGCUUCAAAAUCUAGGAAUAGGAGAUCAUACGCCCAUGGUGCAUGAUGAUGAUGAUGCCGAUGAUGAGACUGUUCCAUUGAAUCAUGAUGAAAGUGCCAAAAACAGAGAUGUUCCGUCAAUAGCUGCUCUACCAGUUAUUCGUCCAGCAUUGGGAAGGCAGCAUUCGAUGUCAGACAAUGCAAAGGUUGCAAUGCAACAAUAUUUAAAUCACUUUUUAGGGAACAUGGAUAUUGUUAACUCCCGAGAGGUUUGCAAGUUUUUGGAGGUCUCUAAGUUGUCCUUUUUACCAGAAUAUGGCCCUAAGCUGAAAGAAGAAUAUGUUAUGGUGAAGCAUCUACCACAAAUAGUGAAGAAUGAUGAUUCCAGGAAAUGUUGUUCUUGCAGUUGGUUUAGUUGCUGUAAUGACAACUGGCAGAAGGUGUGGGUUGUUUUGAAACCUGGAUUUCUGGCGCUGCUGGCUGAUCCUUUUGCUACCAAACCUUUGGAUAUAAUUGUUUUUGAUUUAUUACCUGCUUCAGAUGGAAGUGGUGAAGGCCGAGUGUCAUUAGCAGCAGAAAUAAAGGAGCGGAAUCCUUUACGGCACGGUUUUAAGAUCCUUAAGCAAUCAAAUGGCCUCCAAGUCAAAUAUGAUCAUAAGAGAAUACCACCACCUAGACAGCCUGAACAAGACUUUAAGAAUCAAAAGCUCACAGUUACAUGUGAAAACAGAAGCAUAGACUUGAGAUCUAAAAGUGGUGCCAGAGUUAAAGAUUGGGUUGCUGCGAUUAAUGAUGCUGGGCUUAGGCCUCCUGAGGGUUGGUGUCAUCCUCAUCGCUUUGGUUCCUUUGCUCCUCCUAGGGGUUUGUCUGAAGAUGGUAGUCAGGCUCAAUGGUUUGUAGAUGGUAGGGCAGCUUUUGAUGCUAUUGCUUCAUCAAUUGAGAAUGCUAAAUCUGAGAUAUUUAUUUGUGGGUGGUGGCUGUGUCCAGAGCUUUAUCUACGACGUCCUUUUCUUGUUCAUGCCUCCUCUAGACUUGAUUCUUUGCUGGAAGCUAAAGCUAAACAAGGGGUUCAGGCAUCUAGGCACGUUAAGAUAUAUAUUCUUCUUUAUAAAGAGGUGGCUCUUGCUCUGAAAAUCAACAGUGUGUAUAGCAAGAGAAAGCUUCUUAGUAUUCAUGAGAAUGUGAGGGUGCUGCGGUAUCCUGACCACUUUUCUUCAGGUGUUUACCUUUGGUCCCACCAUGAAAAGCUUGUCAUUGUGGAUCACCAGAUUUGCUUUAUUGGAGGACUGGACUUAUGCUUUGGUCGUUAUGACACAUGUGAACACAAAGUGGGCGACUGCCCUCCUCAAGAAUGGCCAGGAAAGGAUUAUUAUAACCCAAGGGAAUCUGAACCAAAUUCAUGGGAAGAUAUGAUGAAAGAUGAAUUGGAUCGUGGAAAAUAUCCUCGAAUGCCUUGGCAUGAUGUCCAUUGUGCUCUUUGGGGACCACCUUGUCGUGAUGUAGCUAGGCACUUCGUACAGCGUUGGAACUAUGCCAAGAGAAAUAAAGCUCCAUAUGAGGAAGCAAUUCCACUACUUAUGCCCCAGCAGCACAUGGUUAUUCCGCACUAUAUGGGGCAAAACAAAGAGAUGGAAGUUGAAAGAAAGGAUAUUGAAGAUAAUGUAAAAGGCAUUAAAAGGCAGGAUUCAUUUUCUUCUAGAUCAUCUUUACAAGACAUUCCUCUUCUUUUGCCUCAGGAAGCUGAUGGGCCUGAUGGUUCUGGUGUAGGCCCAAAAUUAAAUGGGUUGGACUCUACCCCUGGCAGAAGCCUCCCACAUGCGUUCCGGAAAUCCAAAAUUGAAUCGGUUGUUCCAGACAUGCCAAUGACAAGCUUUGUAGAUGACCAUGAUGCCUUGGACCUUCAUGUGAAAGUGUCUCCAGAUUUAUCAGCACAGGCUUGCUCCAAAACUUCUGACUUGGAGUGGUGGGAAACACAAGAAAGGGUUGAUCAGGUUGGUUCUAUGGAUCAAAGUGGGCAAGUUGGUCCUCGUGUUUCUUGUCAUUGUCAGAUUAUAAGGAGUGUGAGUCAGUGGUCUGCUGGAACAAGCCAAAUUGAAGAGAGCAUUCACCAUGCUUAUUGUUCUCUUAUAGAGAAAGCAGAGCACUUUGUCUACAUCGAGAGGGUUGGUGGUUGCACAGGUAUCAUCCCAUCAUUGGACUACCCAGCUGUGCUUGGUACCCUUCACCAUCCAAGCUAUGGCCAAGGCACUCUAUUCCUCAUGGAAGUUUCAUAUUCUGAUGUUAAGGCAGAUUGUCUUUCAGGAGAUGACAUUAUACAGAAUCGUGUGUUAGAAGCAUUGUAUCGGCGUAUUAUGCGAGCAUUUAAUGAUAAGAAGUGUUUCAGGGUUAUUAUUGUCAUACCAGUACUUCCUGGUUUCCAGGGUGGUGUAGAUGAUGGUGGUGCAGCAUCCGUCAGAGCCAUCAUGCAUUGGCAAUAUCGAACUAUUUGCAGGGGACAGAAUUCAAUAUUGCAUAAUCUUUAUGAUCUUCUUGGUCCGAAAGCACAUGAUUACAUUUCUUUCUAUGGCCUUAGAGCUUAUGGUCAACUUUUUAAUGGUGGUCCUGUAGCCACCAGUCAGGUUUAUGUCCAUAGCAAAAUCAUGAUAAUUGAUGACCAUGUAACCUUGAUUGGAUCGGCUAAUAUUAAUGACAGGAGUUUGCUUGGAUCACGAGAUUCUGAGAUUGGGAUACUUAUUGAAGACAAAGAGUUAGUGGGCUCAUUGCUGGGAGGGAAGCCUUGGAAGGCUGGGAAAUUUGCUCUUAGUCUCCGCCUUUCAUUGUGGUCUGAACACCUUGGUCUUCGUGCCAAAGAGAUCAAUAAAGUAAUCGACCCAGUAAUUGAUUCAACUUACAAAGACAUAUGGAUGUCAACUGCAAAGGGCUUUCCAUAUGGGUUGAGGGCAGUGUUCGAUAGUUCGAAAGCUUGCAUUAAUAGGACAAACACCAUGAUCUAUCAGGAUGUCUUUUCUUGUGUGCCUAAUGACCUUAUACAUACGAGAGCUGCACUCAGACAAAAUAUGGUGUUCUGGAAGGAUAGGCUUGGCCAUACCACCAUUGAUUUAGGGAUAGCCCCUCAAAAGCUUGAAUCUUACCAAAAUGGAGACAUAAAGAACACUGAUCCACUGGAGAGAUUACAGUCGGUGCGGGGGCAUCUUGUUUCUUUCCCUCUGGACUUCAUGUGCAAGGAAGACUUAAGACCUGUGUUUAAUGAGAGCGAGUAUUAUGCAUCCCAAGUUUUUCAUUAA